UCAUCAACUCAACAUCUCACUCACAAACUAUCAUUCUUUCUCUCAGCUUUCCUUUCUUGCUAGUUCAUAUUUCUUUUGUAAUUCCUCUUUCCAUUCCAAAUGGCCACUGUUGAGGUUGAAACACAGCAAGCACCAACAACUGUGACAGAAAAGGAAACAGUUGAGGUAACCAAGGUCGAGGAAACAACACCACCGGCCUCCGAGGUUCCUGCUUCAGAACCAGCCACCACCGAAGAAGUAGUAGCAGUGGAGAAUGAAGAAACUGAAGUUCCCGUUGAAGCUGAGAGUACACAAGUAACCCAGGAAGCCAAGCCAGAGGUAGAGAACCCGGAACCUGAAAAAGUCGAAGUGAAAGAGGAAGUAUCAGCUGAAGAGGCUAAAGAAACUACUGAAACAGAAUCAGCACCCGAAAAAGUCGAAGCAAAAGAGGAAGUAUCAACUGAAGAGGCUAAAGAAACUACUGAAAUAGAAUCAGCAGCAAUAGCAGCACCAGUGGAAGAAGUAACCACCACAGAAGCAUAAAAAGUGAUCAGAAAGGAGUCUAGUUGUUGUCUACUUUUUUCACAUGUCAAAGUUGAUGAGAAGCUUUUCUGCUUUAUUUGUUUGGCUUCUUUUGUCAUUGAUCUUAUUGUGAAGGUACUAUGGGUAUGGCUUUACGGAUUUAUUAUUAUAUAAGGAGCUAUAGCCACUGAAGCUUGUUUGGUCAUUAUGUAUUUCUCCUGGUUUGAAUAAAUUAUAUUUUACUUUUUUAUUUUGCC